AUGGCACGGGACAUGUUCGCAACCCUUGCCUCUCCCAGCGUUGAAUGCAAAUGGUGUCUCUGGCUUGCGUUGAUGACACUGACUCUCAUUUGCGCAACCCUUCUCGCUAUCGUCGACAAACUCAUCGGACACCGUCUGGAAGCCGAGGAACUGAACCUCGGGCGGGGGCAAGACGCCAUCAAAACCUCCAUUACGAAGCUUACGGCCGACGUCGACGGCAUCGGUGCCAGGCUCGACGCCUUGGAGACCCGCGCCAAGACCGCCAAUAAACCACCAACGGCUGCCAGAUUCGAGGAAUCGCAGGAUGCGUUGAAGAAACGCUUUGAGAGUGAUGAACUCCGGAGCCGCCAGGCUAGCGAUGCAGAGAAGGAGAAGAAGAACCCUGAUCGGGCCGUUGAAGGCCGUCGCUACGGCAGCUCUGGCAGCUACAGCAUGGCACAACCCGUGUUCGAUUUUCCUACAAGAAACUAA